GGCUCAUUCGGUCGCUCUGCCGCAGAAAUUUCCAAAAGCCCGGCAAUUGAGGGUUUUAGAAGUGACAUUCUGGGUUUCGAGCAUAGAAAGAAAUAAAGAGAGAGAGAGAUAGAGAGAGGCCGUGAGACCGAGCGAGAAGGCCUCCGUCUCGUUUCCUCUUUUUACCUCUUUCUUUGAGUCGAGAGUGGAAAGGGAACAAAAGGUUCAAGAAAUCACUGUUCCUGGAUUCUUGGCGGUCCCGCGAGUGCUAGGGUUUCUCCUCGCCAAGGAAGCAGUUCUCAAUGAGUAAGCUCACACUGAUCAGUGCGCUGCUAAGGAUAUGGCGAGGUCUGAGUUCUGAUCAAUGAUGACCAAUUAUCAUGCUGAGAGGUUCCUUCUGUUUGUGGCACUGCACGCAUUUGAUCCCCUAUUCGAAUCAAUUUUCGUGUGAAUAUGUAAAUGCACAUCAACUGGUGUGACUGUACUGCAGCAUUGAAGUUUUAGGCCGUUAUAUACAAAAUUUAAGUGGAGUUCACAGGAAUUAUAACCAAAAGCAGCAAGGAGUGACAUGAUUGCCUAACAGUGCAAAAAAAUCUGAUGUUACAAAUAUUUAGAGGCUGUUGUAAAAUAACUAGCUUCUGGAAAUAAAUGGCGACAGAGAAUCCGUUGAGAUUAUUAGGAAGCACUGAUGCUGGAAACUGGCCCGUGAGCAAGGAUACUGCAACAUUUUCUUCGUCUACAGGUAGUGUAGCUGCAGAAGAUUUGGGGCUUCUUUUCAAGGGGCACAGAUAUCAUAGAAACAGAAAGACUGCUGGCCCUAGCCGCAGUGGAAGUGCGCCUCCCAGUGUGGAAGGUUCUCGUGCAGCAUUUGAUAUCCUGAAAGACCUGCAAUCCUCUUGUGUUGAUGGUAGCUUGGAAAACUUAGGCAACACAUUUGGAGAUUCUGAGUCGGAAGAGCAAAGCCGUGCCCAUCCAGCUUAUUUAGCAUACUACUGCUCCAAUGUGAAUUUAAACCCAAGGCUUCCUCCACCUCUUACCUCACGGGAGAACCGGCAUCUGAUGCACCAUGUUACUGGGUUUGGGGACAGUUGGAGAAUGCCUUCCUUUGAUGACAGCAGCAAUGCGUCCUUGUUUAUCUCUCGACCUACCCUCUCUACCCAUAAGGAGGAACCUGAAGAUGAUAGGUCACCUAGACUAGAAACUAACAAUUGGCAGGACAAAAAUGCUGAUAUUAUACCAGGACAAUUCACAUCACCUUUGCAGGGGCGCCAUAAAAGCCUUGUAGAUUUGAUACAGGAGGAUUUUCCUCGGACUCCAUCUCCUGUAUAUAAUAAUCAGGCUUGCUCAUCAAGUCGCAGGAUGGAAGAAAAAGCCGCUGAUUCAGAUGGCUUUGUCAACCUUGUGCAUGAUUCUUCUAAUACAGAGUUGAAAACAUUCACUGUGGGGGGUCGUGCUUGUACACCUAUCCCAGCCGUGCAUUCAAUCAACUCAAUGUCAAAUGGCGAUCUUGCUGCAGUCUCAGUUCCAUCAUCCACAUCCUCUAGCAGAACAGUAAGCCCCCACUCAAGCCUAAGAGGAGGCUCAAGCAGUGAUGAUACCAAUUUGGAUGGGGGUGUUGUACCUAGUGGUUUGGUUGGUUCAAAUAUUGGCAAUGUCAAAGAUGACAUUAAGAGUUUAAAGAUAUCUAAUGAUGGACACGGAAAUCAGCGUGCAUGGCAACAUCCUCAACAAAUUGGCUUGCAUGCACAAGGCUCAUCUCAACCACAGAUUGAUCAGUCUCAAAUAAUGCCUCAAGGAGUGCAUCAUCCUCCUGCGGAUCAUUUUUCUCAUGGGCAAUCAAAGUCAUCCUCAGUUGAAGUACAGCCAGUACUGCAGUCCACUGGCAUCACACCACCUUUAUAUGCUUCUGCAUCUGCUUAUGGAACUCCAUAUUAUCCUAAUUUGCAACCUUCCAGCCUAUUUCCUCCUCAGUUUGGCAUAAGUGGAUAUGCAUUUAACACCCCAGUCUUGCCACCAUUAAUAUCUGGCUAUCCUUCUCAUAGUGCUAUUUCUGUGCCAUUUGACAGUCCUGGGAGUCCAAAUUUCAAUGCUAGAGCUUCUGGAGUUGCCACUGGGGGGAAUGUUGUUCCUGGAGUUGAUUUACAACACUUCUAUAAGAUCUAUGGACAAGUUGGUGUAGCAGUGCAGCCUACUUUUCCUGAUCCUUUAUAUGUGCCUUACUUUCAGCAUCCUUCUGUAGACACAUAUGCUGGUGCGGGUUCGUAUGAUGCAAUGGUAUCCAGGGGAAAUGCCAUUGGAAGCACACUGGUUAAUUAUGAUCCACAUAAAGGGCCAUCAUUUUCUCCAUAUUCACCUGAUCAGAGGCUCCAGAUUGUUAGUACUGGUGGUGUGAAUGCAUCGAAUGCUAGAAAAGGGGGAACUGUUGGUCCUAAUUAUUUUGGAAGCCCUCCAAAUAUGGGUGUGCUAAUGCCAUACCCAACCUCUCCACUAGCUAGUCCAGUAUACCAAGGAUCACCUGUGGCUGGUACAAACUUUUCAGGAAGGAGAAAUGAUAAUAUUAGGUUGCCAUUCAGCUCUGGAAGAGCUGCAGGUGCUUGUUCUGGAUGGCAGGGAGAAAGGGGGCGUGAGAAAAUUGAUGAUGCAAAAUCAUAUUCUUUCCUGGAAGAGUUAAAAUCCAGCAAAGCUCGUAGAUAUGAGCUAUCUGAUAUUGCUGGACGCAUUGUUGAAUUCAGUGCCGACCAGCAUGGGAGUCGAUUUAUUCAGCAAAAGUUAGAAACCUGUAGUAUGGAAGAGAAGGCAUCAGUCUUUAAAGAGGUUCUUCCACACGCUUCAACAUUGAUGGUUGAUGUUUUUGGGAAUUAUGUUAUCCAAAAGUUUUUUGAGCAUGGAAGUUCUGAACAAAGGAAAGAACUUGCGAAUAAGCUUGCUGGCCAUAUCUUGCCAUUGAGUCUUCAGAUGUAUGGCUGCCGUGUGAUUCAAAAGGCCCUAGAGGUCAUUGAUCUUGAUCAGAAAACACAGCUUGUCCUAGAACUUGAUGGACAUGUUAUGCGAUGUGUACGUGAUCAAAAUGGUAACCAUGUCAUACAAAAGUGCAUUGAGUGUGUACCAACAGGGAAAAUUGGUUUUAUCAUUUCUGCUUUUCGUGGUCAAGUUGCAGCACUUUCUAUGCAUCCAUAUGGUUGCCGAGUAAUUCAGAGAGUCCUGGAGUUCUGUACAGAUGAUUUGCAAAGUCAGUGCAUUGUGGAUGAGAUAUUGCAAUCAGCCUGCCAACUUGCCCAAGACCAGUAUGGCAAUUAUGUUACCCAGCAUGUUUUGGAGAGGGGAAAGCCACAUGAAAAAAGCCAAAUUAUCAGCAAACUAGCUGGACAAGUUGUACAAAUGAGCCAGCAUAAAUUUGCAUCUAAUGUUAUUGAGAAGUGUCUUGAGCACGGUAAUACUGCAGAACGGGAGCACUUGAUUGAGGAAAUAGUUGGACAGAGUGAAGGAAACGAUAACUUACUGAUAAUGAUGAAGGAUCAAUUUGCAAACUAUGUGGUUCAGAAGAUCCUUGAAACCUGUUCUGAUAAACAGCGUGAAGUUUUGCUUAAUCGCAUAAAAGUUCAUCUGCAAGCCCUGAAGAAAUACACGUAUGGGAAGCAUAUUGUUGCUCGGGUUGAACAGCUAUGUGUUGAAGAAGCCCCUGCGUCUGAAUCAUGAAAGUUUAGCUACAGUAGACACAUCACCGAUCAAUAUGUUGCAUUAGGUGGAGCUCACAUAAGUGCUCUUAGCUUAUGCUCAUACUGGAAAGAAACCAAAUCCUGGAGAUUCUCCCUUGGAAAAUUUUCUUAGGAGCAGCUUGAAACUGCCUUCAGAAUGUUCAAGUCAGGGCUUGUAGUGUAGGUAGUUUGAUACUGUAAAGCUAGUAGAUUGUGUUCUAUAUGUGUUAUGACUUAUAUAAGGUGGUAUGGUAAAUGUAUUUAUACAAUAUCUAGUUUGGACCGCAUUGUGUGGAGGGUAUGUUCAUCCAUUAGUUUCCCUUAAUUCUAUAAGAAAUUGGACACAGAUACCGAUCUC